AAAAAACUUAAAAUCAGCAUCAGCAUCAGCAUCAGCUGAUGUAAAUUACAAUAAAUCAGCAUCAGCAUCAGCAUCCGCUGAUGUGACAAAAUCCUGCAUCAGCAACAACCCUGGUACCUAGUGUUUGUGAUUUUAAUUUUUUGUCUGUGAUUUAACCUAUAUCGUUGGAGUUUUAGUUAUAGCAUACAAUAGUUCCAGUGGGUGUCUGUUAUUAUUAAGAACAGUAAUUAUAAGUUGUUAUAUGCAGGUCUGUAUGCGGGAAUAACUAUUAUCAGAGUAAUACUUAUAAUUGUGUUACAGUGAAUUGUGAUGAUUAACUACGCUCAUGCCUAAUUGACAUUUGACAGACAUUGACAAUAUGACAUUACGUUACGUCUCGUCAAUGACAGACUAGACAAAACAUUAAAUUACCCAAAUAUAAAAUAAACAGAAUAAAUAAUGUAUCUUCAUUAUUUAUUGUAGGUCCGAGUAAACAACAUUAUUAAUAUUAUAAGAUUGUGCUACCAGUAGUUGUGUUCAAUAGCAUAAGAUAAAGUUUUGUUUUACACGAACUAUUCUAAUUUCUAACUGAUGUCAUGAGGAUUGACCUAAGUUAAAACCAAGAAUUGAGAUAAAUAAGAAGAACGAGGCAGCAACAAUAAUGGAUAUUAAUAAACUAGUCAGUAAGAAUCAAUCCAUCAAAAUAGUUCCCUCCGUAGAAGAUUCGUUGAAGUCCAUAGGUCUUAAUGUUAAUCUUGAUGACAAUUCCAAAUUAUGGUUGGAACAACUAAGACUUACUUGGAAGACAUGGAAAAAGAGUCCAGCAAUCGCAUCUCACAUUGAAACAUUUCUUCAGUGUUCACCAGAACCCUACAGAAUAGCUUUAGUUUUUGUGAUUAAAUGUGAUGAUUACAAAGAUUGCAAGCCAAAAACUUUACCAUACUUCAUUGUUGAAACUUUAUUGAAAUGGUCAGAGACAAGUGGAAUUGUACCAGUUGACAAUUUGAAAUUGCCAGCAUUCCAUAUAGCUGUUCAACAGAGGAACAACCAUUUCCUUGGUCUGAUGGUGAAAACAUACAAACUAACUACAAUUAAAGAACAAAUUCUACCUUUUGUGAAAGAUAUGGUUAGUAAAGAUAAUUGCAAGCAAGCUUCUCAAAUAGUUAUAUGCAUGAAUUUAUUUGAUGACAUACCUGUAGAAGACCUGAUAUUUCCCCUCAUACUACAAGAUAAAUCAAAUUUGAUUGAUGAGUAUCUAAACGAGUGCCCCAAUCAAGUGAAGCCAUUGCUAAUAUUUCUAGACAAAUUAUUAGACAAAUCAAUUAAUAUCCGAGAUUAUGUACAGAAUUAUACUCUUCACAAUAAGAUUUCUCACGUUAGAUAUGAUAAACUACACUACAAACCACUUGGCAAAUUAGUAGCUCGCCUAUGCAAUAAGUUUAACAUUCCUAUAGAAACAUGUAAGAAUCUCAGUAAAAACCGUACAACUGGUGGUUUGAGAUAUUUAAUACAUCAAAAAUAUCAAGAACACAAUGUAAGUUCAUCUGUCUGGGAAGAUCUAGUGAAAGACUCACUGAAACAAAAUGCUGGCUCUGGCCAAGAAUUCAUUGAAAUGUUAGUUGAAUAUGACCGUAAUGAAGCUCUAAAGUGGGCUUCAUAUUUGAAUAUGGCAGAGAGUGAGUUACCACUUGCACUUAAAGAAUUGUCUUUAAAUGAAGAUAUUGUGGAAGAGAAUUGGGACACCCCUGGUGAUGAUGCAUCUCAAACUCCUCAAGAGUAUUACAAAUUGGGUUUACAGGAAGAUCAGAUAACAAUCAUAGAUACAGGAGAAAAGUUCUAUGAUCUAAUGAUAUCAGAUAUUGUGAAAAGCAGUAUUGUAAGCAUUGAUUGUGAGUGGAAGCCAUCAUUUGGUGCUACACAAUCCCAAGUAGCAUUAAUACAAAUCGCUACUACCAACAAAGUUCAUCUCAUAGAUACUCUACAAUUGAAUAAACCAGAGUAUAUAAGUUUUUGGUACACUUUUCAUAAAUCUUUUCUGGAUAAUGCAGAGAUAAUUAAAGUAGGAUUUGGACUAGAACAGGAUUUGAAAGAAAUAAAAUCAUGUGUAGUAGGAUUGGGAAACAUUAAAGUACAAGGUGAAGGCCUGUUGGAUCUUGGGACGCUGUGGAGGAGUCUGCUUAAUAAUGGACUUUCAUUACCUGGUACCAGUGCCACUGCAGGGAAUAGCCUCAGUUGCCUAGUGCAAAUAUGUUUUGGAUUACCUCUUGAAAAAUCAGAACAGUGUUCUAACUGGGAACUGAGGCCAUUGAGAAGUACCCAAAUUCAAUAUGCAGCCCUUGAUGCUUAUGUGCUUAUACAGUUGUAUGAAUACCUUCAAAAACUCUGCUUAGAGCAACAAAUAAAUUUUGAGGAAAUAUGCAAUGAUGUAAUGUUAGAAAGUAAAAAGAAAUGCACAAAGAAAGCCAAAGUUGUAGACAGACUGCAGUCUAGUAUACCUGUGGUACAAUUAAGAUCAGUUCAUGAGGUAAAAUUCUUAGUGGAACCCUUGUUAUCUUAUUUAAUGCCUCAUUUAAGGUAUUGUGGAAUAGACACAAUAGGAAUGCCAUCAACAAUGUUAUGGCAUGAUGUGAUAAAUCUGGCGUCAUCGGAAGAACGCCUGGUCCUGUUAUGUAAAUUGAAACAUACACCUUCCGCUAAUUUCCCACAAAGUUCUAUUUUAGAAGUUGGCAAGGAUACCAUUAUACAACAGUUAAGAAAAAUAUUUAAUAGUUACAAUAUAAAGGUGGAACAAGAGAAUCUUUUCAGCAUUUGUAUAAAUUGUAACAGUAAAGAUUUAAAAAAAAUAACUGUAGAUGAUGUUGUCAAAAUGUGUACUGAAUACAAAAGAGUGACGGUAGCUAACAAUGUUAAUAAUGCAGACAGGUAUGGCUAUGAAGAAGAUGACAUGGGAUAUAUGGACAAUUUUCUCAGUGAUUCCGAUUGUGAUGAUUUAGAGUUAUAUCAACCAGUUGCUUAUUCUAAACCGAAUUUAACAACAAGUAAGGGUGUUACAAUUGAAAUACAUAAUGCAAGUGACCUAUCUGCUUCAAACAAAGCUGCAGUUUUAUGUGAAGAAUGCGGUAAACUCUUUUGGGAUGAAGACAAACACCUAAAACCAGUUGCAGAGGUAGUUGAAAAUUUUAAGAAGCUUAAGAUAUGGUAAGUUUAAUCAAGGGUACAAAAUUUAAAGUCACUCUUUCCAUAAUAAUUUAUUCUCAUGUAAAUAUAGCAUUCAAUUUAAUAUGAUAAUAAAAUCAUAUAAAUAAAUUAAU